AUGGCUCCGACCUCGCCUACGCCCCGUCGAACGCCCACGGGGCGGCGCAGAGGCCGUCCGCCGGGGACCACCAACGCUGCGCGUGCGGCCAGACAGGCCUCCCUCGCGGCUGCUGCUGCUGCUGAACCACCUCCCAAGCGACGGCGCUACGUGCCGGGAGGACCUGGAGGUGGUGGACGGUACCUUGACGCAGACGCCAUCCAGACCCCCGACACAGCCCGAUCCAACGCCGGGUCGCGAUCGAGAACAUCUGGUGCAGCUCGCCUGGCCCUCAACGGGGGCUCACCUCUCCCCCCACGCCGGGAGAGAAGCACACGAGCGAGGACCGCCGCGAACGAAGAUAGCGACGAGAUGCGAUGGGGGUCAGCCGCGGCCAUGGCUGCGUCUGUGAAGCAAGCCGAGGACUACAAGCCUCGCGAGGAGCGCAGCUGGGAAGAGUUUCAUCCAAACCUUGAUAUUGAGCUCCCCUUUGUCAUAUUUGCCGCCGACGACGUUGACGGAAUCAUCGCACAAGAGGCGCCAAACACCCCGGCCCUGGAUGCGCCGCCCCCUGCCACACCUCAUCUGGAGUCCAUGACCCCGUCCAAAUCUGUCAACCCCGCUUCGACGGGCAAUACGCCGAAUCCCCAAGCAACGCGAAGCGCUGAAGCCGAAGGAGACGACAACUCUGCUGCCGGCACGCCAUCGAGACGCCCUCGUCGAUCCACGCGAGAAGUCGUCAGCUUCUAUAACAUCCGUCCCUUUGAAUUUGCUCCUACACCUCGAACCCCCAAGAUACUUCCCAUACAAAACCAGACACCCAAGGAACGGCUCGAUUUAAAACUACCCUCAUAUAGAAGGACGAAUCGCAUCGAAUUAUUCGAAAGCAAGACUUUUGGCCAGGCACGAUAUGUCGACAAGGCCAUGAGCAAUGUUGGCUACCAAGAGAGUGACAACUUCAUCAGAUCCGAACGAACGCUCAUCAAAGCCACCGAUGGCAAUGCAGACGACGAGUUUGAACAGUUUUCAGUCGCCGCGAGCGACGACCAUGUACACCAGUCAAGACUUGGCCGCGUCGAGUAUGAUAUGGAUGAGCAAGACGAUAUGUGGCUUGAGCAGUACAACGCUCAACGCAAACAAAACGAGCUGGAAGCCAUCACCCGAGAGGUCUUUGAAAUUACAAUGACCAAGAUUGAAAAGGAGUGGCACGCCCUAGAGAGACGAAUACCAAAACCGAACCCAAAGCCGCCCCAGACGCACCGGCCGCGGUCUAGCUCUGCCGUGGCCGUAAAUGGCGAGCCUCACGGCGGCGAAGAGCCGGACAGCAAAUGCGCAAUAUGUGAUGAUGGAGAUUGCGAAAACACAAACGCCAUCGUCUUCUGUGACGGCUGCAACCUUGCGGUGCACCAAGAAUGUUAUGGUGUGCCGUUUAUUCCAGAGGGCCAGUGGCUCUGUCGGAAAUGCCAGCUAUGCGGUCGCGGAAUACCAACGUGCAUAUUUUGCCCCAAUACAGACGGUGCAUUCAAGCAAACGAAUUCGUCCAAAUGGGCCCAUCUGCUUUGCGCCAUGUGGAUUCCUGAAGUCUCUCUGGGAAACCACACGUUCAUGGAACCUGUCAUGGAUGUUGAAAAGGUUCCCAAGACCAGAUGGAAGCUGACCUGCUACAUCUGUCGCCAGAGAAUGGGCGCCUGCAUUCAAUGUGGCAAUAAAAAUUGCUACCAAGCUUUCCAUGUCACUUGUGCAAGGAGGGCCCGUCUUUUCCUCAAGAUGAAGACCGUUCAAGGGACUCUUGCUGUUCUUGACGGCAGCAUGGUCCUCAAGGCCUUUUGUGACAAGCACUGCCCUCCAGACCAUGCCCAAGAAUACCAAGUCCACCAGGCGACACGAGCCGCGAAGAAGUUCUAUAAGAGGAACAUGCGUGGGCGCAUCUGGGCAGACAACCAAGCCAUGGCGAAUGUCAUUGCGGCGCAGCACCGAACCGCCAUAACAGAUCAUCCGCCAGAUGAGAGCCAGAUGACGGGAGCCAAGAACCUUGCUAUUUUGGGCGACAAGAAGAAAGGACAGCCUCCCAAGAACUUGUGGAAGCUCCCAUCGGGAGCUCCCAUCAUCCCCCAGGUUGUCUUUGACAUUGUCGAAGCAUCAAUCCAGCGAUUCCCAUUUAGGAAACGCAAAGACUACCUCAGCGAGGCCUGUCGAUAUUGGACCCUGAAGCGAGAGGCACGUAGGGGCGCCGCGCUUCUCAAGCGUUUGCAGCUGCAGAUGGAGUCAUUCUCUUCGAUGGAGCUGACGAGACGCAACUUUGCUGCCAUGGGCCCCAGUGGCAAGGCAAGGCUGGCUCGCCGUAUCGAGUUUGCUCAAGGAGUUAUCCACGAGCUGGAGCAGCUCAAGGUUCUUGCCGAAGAGAUUGUGGAGCGCGAACAGCUCAAGCUGGAUGCCGCCGAGUUGGAGCAAGAUUUUGUGGAUGAGUGCUAUUUCCCCACGGCGAAGCUUUUGGUGCCUGUUGUAGAAAAGGCCAUUGCGCUAGACAAGGGACUUUUCACGGACGGCCUUGCUGACUUGCAGGCGAGCAUUGAGAAGCGCGUUUACGUCAAUGUUUUGGGGUUUGCACAAGACCUGGGCGAUGUUAUUAACAAGGGCAUUUUGACUCUGCCCAAAGAUCUGGAACCUGCUCGUCAUGUAUCAGAGGAUGUAGAAGGCGAAGAAGUGGCUCCGGCGCCGGCGAUGGAAAUCAACAGCAGCAGCAACCCGACUGUGGGAUCACAAUUUGCAGAUAUAAGAGAGCGACGCAAGCUUGGAAAGCGAAUUCUCAAGGCAGUGCAGCCACUCCUGGAAACCUCGCUGCAGGUUGAAUCCGAAAUCUCAACGAAACCAUCCGACGGCCUCCAAAAGGAGCUGGAAGCCCUUAUAGACGCUAGCAUCGAUAUUGGGCGACAAGUCAAUGGCACGGCACACAGUGUUCCGGAUGAAGGGGCUGAGGAUACCAUCAUGCUUGACGCGCCCGACCCAUCUUCCGAACCUCUUACCAUUGUUAAAAGCGAACCCCUGACUCGCGAGAGCGGCAUUACUUCUAAUGAUGGUGACAGAGAGGAGGGUGACAGUAUCGAGGUCAAUACGGUUGGCCUUGGUAUCAUGACCAACCGUCCUGCAGUCGGCCUUGGAAUCACACAAGAGAUGGCUAUCAAAACUGUGCGGGUCAAUUCAGCCAUUACGUCUGAAACUCCUCCGAACAGUACUGGCAGCUUCGUCGUCAUGGCUGCGCCAUCUCAGGAAGGGCCGCCGACGCCGCCCCAGUCCAAUGGAAGCCUGGGCAAUGAGCCGGCAGACCCUCUUUCAGAAGGGGGCGUCCUUUGGUACCUGAGAGCGCUUGAGCCUCAUGGCACAUCUAUUCUCGAGGAACACUGGGCGGCUGGCCGAGAUGCGGUGCGAACGCUAAGCGAAGAUCUCACGGAUCUCGACGACGAAGACUUUAAAGAUUUGGGCAUUGACAUGGGCGAUACAGUGGCCGCGGCAGUGAUGGAUGCGGAAGAGUCCAAGGACAAUUCGGGUGGUGGCAGUGCUAAGAACAAGGCGAGUAGAUUAAGGAAGCGAAGAGCAUCGACUAGACGACGAUAG